UUCCCAUCUUCUCGCACAAUUCCAAUAUGUCAGCCAUUGUUUGAAACUAAACUAUCUUUGCAAGAAAUUGUUCGCAGUUUUCGGUCAUUUUUUCGCUUUUUUAAUGUGCAAAGUCUAGCCAAUUCGGUGCGUUAACGAUACAGUGUUAAAAUUACGGUCUCCGUUUUUUCGGUGUGUUUCCGAGAAGUGCAACAGUAGAAAAAAGGCAGCCCGAAGAAAGUAGUGCACAAGUGAGUGGUCACCUUCGUCGCCAUACUCAAGCGAAUCCCGGCGAAAGAGUGAUCUGACCAAUCUAGUUGAGUGGAAAAGUGUGCAAAUUGUGAAAAAAAAAUCGCAGCGAAGAGUGUCUGGAUUAUGAUCGUAUGGUCGUGAUACAAGAUUCAUUCAACAACAGCGACAACGAAAAUAUUCGUAAACACACUUACACACUCAUCGGCAGAUAACUGCAGCAUAUUGGCAGAGGAAUCGACGCGCUCUGGAUUGAUCCGGUUUGCUUCCUAAAACCACAAUUAAGCUUAAUUAACGCCACACAUAACACCAACAAAGAACCGCCCUCGGUUUAAGUCGGUUGUUUUCGUUUACUAUAGAGGAUCCUAAGGAUACAGUUUUUAUGAAUCAUUUCCCAUUAAGUUAGGUUAUGGCAAACUUGAAUUUCCAACAGCCUCCGAGAAGUAUACCAAGUAGUGCAUCGUUGAGUGGGAGAGGAGGUACUGCGGGUGGCUUCGGUAGCUCAUUAUCGGGCCAUGUCACACCAACGUCUGGUAUGUUUCCAACUGCAGCAACGGGAGCAGGAAGCUUCGGAACGAGUCAACCACCUCAUUCGCAACAGCAGCAGCAACAGCAACCGGGCCAGCAGGGGCAGCAAUCGGCGGGUCAAGGCGGCCAGAAUCAACCCCCGCAGCUGUCACCGAGUACCGCUAGUGCGAGAAACGGAGGAAACGGUGGCGGAGCGUCGAGUGGUGGUUCCAGCAGUGGUGGAAGCGUGGUUGGUGGAAGCAGUGCGAACCCAGCGACCUCUAGUGCUAGUACCAACGGUUCCCAGCAGCAGCUUUCUUCCUCGAACUCGUCGACGUCUAGUGGGGCGAACGCGAGGAAUAGUUUGUUCGGUGGACAGCGGGGUUUCGCGGAUCGAAGGCCAAUGCCGGGACUCAGUGGAGCGACAAUGUCUAAUAUGGUCUCGUUCAUGCAACCACGAGGAUAUGGAUCUCAGAGCGGGAAUAGCAUCAACAAUUUCCAUAGCGUGUUCGACAACGGCACGGCGGAGACGGGAACGCCUCCCCUGUUGGACCUGUCCGAGUUCCCAUCGCUCACGAACGCCCGGGGUGGCCAGAGUGAUCAGUCGUUACCCCAGUCGAACGCGCUGCAGCCUCCCGGGAGCAAACCGUACGGUAAGUUCGGGAUGGUAAAACAACCGACGUCCGAGCAAACGGAGUUUACGAUGUCGAGUGAAGACUUCCCUGCGCUGCCCGGUACGCAGAACGUGGAAAGUGGCCAGCUGGCGGCGAGUCAGGGUCUACAGGGCGUCCAUCAUCACCAUCAUCAUUCAGAUCAUCAUGGUGCCGAUAGUCUAGGUAAGACGGGUGGUCCGAUCGGCGGUGCUGUCGGCAUGGGAAUGGACUUGCAAAACGAUUCUGGCAAUUCCAACGUGAACAUGGAUAAGGGAGCUAUGAAACGAGGCGUACAAACAUCACCCAAUGGAAUGGUAACGAAUAUUCCUGCUAGUAUGGUCAAUAACCAAUUCGGUAUGGUUGGUCUCUUAACGUUCAUCCGCGCCGCCGAAUCCGAUCCAAACCUGGUAACGUUAGCAAUGGGCCAGGACCUAACGGCACUUGGACUGAAUCUGACUUCGGUCGAAAACCUGUAUCCUAGUUUCGGCGGCCCCUUUGCUGAUUCCCCGGCGAGACCCCAAGAUAUCGACUACAACGUACCACCAGAGUAUUUGAUCAACAUGUCAAUAAGGGAUAAGCUGUCGAAGCUCACGUUGCAAAAAUAUAAGGAUGAUCUAUUGUUUUAUUUAUUUUACACGAAUGUUGGUGAUGUGAUGCAGUUAGCAGCCGCAGCAGAACUACAUAGUAGAGAUUGGCGAUACCAUACGGAGGAAAAAGUGUGGAUUACGCGUGUGCCGGGCAUGACACCGUACGAAAAGAAUGGCACAACCGAACGUGGCACGUAUUACUACUUCGAUGCGCAAAAUUGGCGACGAGUGCCAAAAGAAUUUCAAGUGGAUACAGUGAAGUUAGAUAAAUGUCCAAAUCUAAGUGCUUACGUUACGAUGAGUGGACAGCCUGUAUAAUAUUUAUUAAUUUGUAAUUAAAAGAAAAAAUACGGAAAACAAAAAGCAGAUGAAAAGAAAAAUUAAAAAUUUUCUGAUUCAGUAA